GUCACAAUGCGCGUGGAAAUGAAUCUCGACGUUCAGCACUGUCAUGAUGAUAUCGAUACGAAAAUAGCAGAAUUCAAGCAAGAUUCGGAGAAAAUGAACGAGCUGAAUCUGUUCCUCGACAGUGUACUGGACGAGGCACAAAAAAAUGCGGAAAUAAAACUGCAAAGCAAACUGGAGGAAGAACGACCUAAAAAUGGCAACAAACUUCUUACCGGCAUCAAACAACACAGAGUGGUGACACGCACCAGAGGGAUUGUUUUACGAAUUUUCGAAGCAAUUUGCAACUGUACAAACUCCGCCACCAUUCCAGGGCAACGGCCAGCGACAGCACCGGCAAACGUUGGAACAACCUCCAAAAACUAAGCAAACAUCUGCUGAUAUCUUUUAACUGUCGUCCUACUUAUAUUUCUAC